AUGACGUGGAGUGCGAGUUUCCUCCUCAACCGUAGCAGCAGAGCAAGGGGGAAUCCGGCAUUGAGUCGACUACAUUUGGAAUCCCUGAACCGGGAGCUGAAGCUGACGUGCCUGAGAUCGACGCGGGGAAGAGUAGAACCAAUCGUGGAUCUUUCCAUCAUCCUUACCCUCUGCCCGAGGGUUCACGAGGUGAACCUGGCAAACACGGGUCUGACGAACGAGGACCUCUACACGCUGAUGCAACUGGACACGAUCACGUCGUUGAGCAUCAGCGCAGAGCGGGAGCCUCAGUGGGACUUCCACGAGGGUCUGGCCCCUCUGCUCCAGGUCAAGGGUCAUCAGAUGGAGAGCCUCAUCGUCACCGACUUCCUCCUCGUCGACGUGACUGGUAGGAGCGAGCGGCUUUUCGUUACCGGAGUGAAAACUUUUUGCUUUGCUUCGUCGAGCCUCAAGUUUCCCCAGAUCGCUGAGGUGGAACAGUUGAAAACUUGGUGCAGCCGGCUCGUGAUUGCGGAUGCCAUGGAAGAAAUUGCCUUCAUCGUGAUAGGGCGCUGGUGCCCGAAUCUAAAAAACCUGGCCUUCUCGGGGAAUCAAGAGUACAAGCCCGUGCCUAAUGGGAUCCUGGGAUCCCAAUUCCCCAACCUAAUCGCCCUGGAGAUGUGGUGCUCCUGCGACACCCUCCUGUCCGAGUCCACCCUCAAGCACCUUCUCCUCAAUGCCAAAUCGUUACGGAAUCUCCUCGUCAAGGGUUGCGAUGUUUUCACGAACGAAUUCAUGCUCGAAAUUUGGAAGGCGAACGCGACCCCGGAGCUGGCCCAUUUCACAGUCCACGCCUGCCCCAUCACGGGAGGACUCUUGACGGAACUGAUGGAGAAGUCCCUGCCGAAUCUGGACACGAUUCGGAUCUGGAACUGCGAUGGUGUCACUCACGAAGACUACCGACACCUCAAGGACAGGGCCGAACGGGAAAACAUGGAGAUGUACCUGGAGUGGUACAGAUAGCCGAGGCGAUUGCGGAUUGAAGCGUUCGACUCGGAAAGGGAGGAAACUCCGAUGUCUUGUGAGGGGAAUUCGAAUUCGGUUCGGUUGGGGCCAGUUUUUUUGUGGGAUUCAGCCCUCUUCCGACGAUUGCCAAGCGACUCUCGUUCACCAAAGGAAAAUAUUUACAAGUGAUUUAGAUGCGUUUUCUGUAGUUUUUAUGUCCGAUGACAGCAGGGUAAAGAUGCGGGGAAACUCGAUGCUUUUCUUUCCCCCGUAAGAACCCGCGGGUUGGUUUUCUGAUUUCUUGGUGCCUUUCGGCACGAUACAAAUUCCUCUGGAUAGUCACAGGAAGCCCAAUAGUGGAAAAAAUAUUUCGUUGAUUUCCAACUGAUUUGUAUCUCUUCAAAUGGGCUACUUAGGCUUAUCAUAGUAGAUAUACCCUCACCUCCUUGAAUGCACCAUAGAAAUCAAAUGGCACGAUGCAAAACGUGAUACGAAUUCACUUGCAAAUAAUUACAGUCGGCUAUAAUACUAACGUGGCAAGAUACAAGGCCUGGGAGCUUUAUGCGGGUGAACACACUAUAGGUUACCGCCUAUUAUGUAGUCGGAAGGAUCAUUAUACCUUUGGGAUGGAUUCGGUGGGGUACAGACGCCAAGAAGUGAGGAAACAGGGCGCAUCACGAGUCGCGAGCGCUACAGGAAGUCUCUCGAAGAGCAUAUUCGACCAGACGCCAUCCGGGUCGUACCCGUUUCGAUACACCUAUGCAGUGUUUUUAAUUUGAGUCAGAGGAUUUUCCACGUGGAUCGGAAACUUGUGCAUGGGACAUUCCUCAUGGACGAGUGUCGAAGUUGAGAAAAAAUGCCUGGCUCAACUCAAAACACUGUAUCUUGAAUUCUUUGUCGAGUGGGCAAAAAGCGAUUUAGAACUCCUCUUCGCAUCAACUUCCAGGGGCGGGGCACCUCUCCCGGCAAAGUUUGAGGUUCAUUGAAGCGUGCGUGUACGUCAACACAACAAACAAGUCUUUCGAACUUGUGCCUUCCAAAAAGUAUUCUUGUAUCAAUUUACGCUUCUUUUAUGGCUGAACUCUUUGCUUAUCACUGCCGUCUGGUGCUGUUUUGGUCUUCACACCCCAAGUGUCUUACAGGUGAUUUUACAGAUCCAAGCUUUAUACGACGGGUUCGGUCGUUAUAUUCUAGUUAGGAGGUAUGAAAUUAAAAGCGUUCGCAGGGUUACAUGAAAAUCUCUGCGUUGAUGGUAAAAAAAAAAGGUCCGCGCAACAGAUCGAAAGUAUGAAGCCAAUUAUCAUCGGAACUGAUCGGAAGCAAGCUACACGAUCUGAACUUGGUGACGUCACACUGCGAUGGGGGUGGUACCUCCCAUGUCACGUGUCCAAGUUUGCUCGUGGAAUUCAUCUUGUGAACUGUUGGCGGAACCAGUGGGGCCC